AUUCAGUUGGCAAUUAUUAGGCAAACUACAAAAAACAGGGAAGCAGAUUCCUAUACAAGUUUUUAUACCUGCUCAAAAUGAGUUCCAAUUCUCUCUUUGAAACCGACGAAGAUGUCGCCCAGGCAAACAAAUUAUCCCGGAAAGUGAAGGAAUCGCCCUUCAUGCUGGUGGGUAUUGCCGGAUUCGUGGCCGCAGGUUUGGUUGGAGCCUACAAAUAUCGGAACCGAGGCACCAUGAGCACCAGCGUCUUUCUGAUGCAGCUGCGUGUGGCUGCCCAGGGAACAGUCGUCGGAUGUUUGACCGCCGGAUUGGCCUACACCAUGGCCAAGGAGUACCUGAUCCACGAGGAGCCGAAAAGCAAUACCAGGCCAGACGAAUAAAUAAAUAAUAGUAGUAUUAUGUGAUGUAAACCAAGUAAACUCAUCAAAUUGCGAACCUGCCCACCACCAUCGACUAAUAAAUAGUGGAACAAAUUAUCCCAGAGUUUAAGAAAAACUGCAAGGUAUUAGCCACCGUAUUUAAUCUUAUUGUAAUUAGUGACCAAUAAAGAAUGUUUCUACCAAAGAACAUAACUUACAUUUUAUACCGUUAUGUAUUAUAAAAAACUGAUUCAUACCGAAAGAAAAAAAACUUUAUGAUCGAAACCAACGAUUUUGAUCAAAUUAAAACAGA